CAUAUUUGUUGCGUUUCUUCCUGAACUUUUGCGGUAUUUGCCAACUUGUCUUUGAGGAAAAAUAAAGAAAUAAAACGUCAUGGGGGCUUGUUUGGCUCUGCCCUGUUCCAUUGCGAGUUGCGCAUCGUGUCUGUGUGGCUCGGCCCCCUGCCUCCUGUCGUCAUGCUGCCCCUCCACCUACAACUCCACCCUGAGCCGUCUGGCCUUCUCCUUCCUGCUGCUGCUGGGGACUCUGGUGUCCAUCAUCAUGAUCCUGCCCGGCAUGGAGGACAACCUCAAGAAGAUCCCCGGCUUCUGUGUGGGCAGCAGUAACAUCCCGUUCAUUGAGGGCAAAGUGAACUGUGACAUUAUCGUGGGCUACAAGUCUGUGUACCGCAUGUGCUUCGCCAUGGCCUGCUUCUUCUUCCUCUUCUCCAUCAUCAUGAUCCGAGUGCGCAGCAGCAAGGACCCCCGCGCAGCCAUCCAGAACGGUUUCUGGUUCUUUAAGUUCCUGAUACUGGUUGGAAUAACUGUGGGAGCCUUCUUCAUUCCAGAUGGCGUCUUUACCACAGUGUGGUAUUACUUUGGUGUGGUGGGCUCCUUCAUCUUCAUCAUCAUCCAGCUCAUCCUCCUGGUAGACUUCGCUCACUCCUGGAGCCAGUCCUGGGUGCAGAAGGCAGAAGAAGGCAACUCAAAGGCCUGGUAUGCAGCUCUACUGACUGUCACCUUCCUGAAUUACGCCUUGGCCUUCUCUGCCAUGGUGCUCUUCUUCAUCUAUUACACCAAACCGGACGACUGCACUGAGCACAAGGUCUUCAUCAGCCUCAACUUCAUCUUCUGUAUCAUCGUGUCCAUCGUGGCCAUCCUGCCCAAAGUCCAGGAUGCCCAGCCAAGCUCAGGUCUGCUGCAGGCCUCCCUCAUCUCUCUCUAUACCAUGUACCUGACCUGGUCUGCCAUGACCAACAACCCCAACAAGGUGUGUAACCCCAGCCUGUUGAGCCUGGUCCAGCCCAGCAGCACCACUCCACCUCCAGGACCCAUUCCCACACAGGCCCCCGGUCAGGUCCAGUGGUGGAACGCACAAAGCAUCGUGGGAUUGGUCAUUUUCCUCUUCUGUACUCUUUAUGCCAGUAUCCGCUCAUCCAACAACUCUCAGGUGAACCGGCUGAUGCAGACGGAGGAGGGCACAGGCCUGACCUCAGGCAUGGAGGCCGCCCCAGGGGAGGAUGGUAUGAUCAGGGCUGUCGACAACGAAGAAGAUGGGGUCACCUACAGCUACUCCUUCUUCCACUUCUCUCUGCUCCUCGCCUCCCUCUACAUCAUGAUGACCCUGACCAACUGGUACAUGCCCAACUCAGACUACGAGGCCAUGCAGACCACCAAGCCGGCGGUGUGGGCGAAGAUCUGCUCCAGUUGGCUCGGCUUAGCACUCUUCCUCUGGACCCUGGUGGCCCCCCUGGUUCUGCCCGACAGGGAUUUCAGCUAAAUACCAAACUCAGACACUCUGCAAUUUGCACCAAAGUUAUAUUUUUUGUUUGUAAAGAAUCAGAAGUUUAAGUUUUAAAGUUAUUAUGUAACCUUGUUUUUAGCCUGGCAAGUCUGGCAUUAGACUGUUUUUUUUUUUUUUUAAGUGAGAUUAUGUUCAUUUUACAGAAUGUAGAAGACGAGGUGCCAUUGACCAAACUGAUAUCGCUGGCCUCAUAGCAUAAUUGCCCAAGUAAUUUUUGACCGGGUUUUUCGUCUUUACUCUCCAAACACUGCUUCAUGUGUUGCUGUCGUUAUCAAAAAAACAAAAACACAAACCGUCCAUUAUUGACAUCUGCAGUUUAAUUUUUAACACAAAACCUUGAAAAAUGGCUUGAGCAGUUAUGCUAUGAAGCUAAAUGAACUGCUUCCCACACUUAAGAUUCAUUAUUGUGAUUGAUAAAAGUGAACGAUCGCUUCCCUUAAUGUAAAUGAGGGCACCUUUUCUAUUCAGGGUUAUGCUUCUAAAGUAUUUUAAUUUGUUUUGUGCAGACCAAUCAUUUUAAGUUCAAGCCAAAUUAUUAUUAUUUUUUUACAUAUACAGUGAUUUUUCUUACUUUUUAUUACUUGGUAGGUUAUAAUGAGAACUUAUUUUUAUUAUAAUUGUAUGUUUAUUGGACAAAGGCACAGCUUCCAUUUCUGUUCUUUCAUGGUCAAAAUAAAUGCUUUUCUCAAUGUAAUGAUGCCAAUAAAUAUGGUAAUAUUUCUUUAUCUCCACUAG